UUUGAUUUCCAAUUUUGAUGCCUUUUUUCUAUCUUUAUUAUUAUUAUAUUUGACCCUCAUAAACAAACAACAAUUUUUGGCAUUAGACUUGGCUUGAUCUACUCUUUCAUCUUUACCUGUGUUACUUCUUAGCAACUUGAUCAUCUUCAAUACACCAACUCCACAAGAAACGCAUAUGUAAUAUCAGCAAAUCCAUCUGUGUUUCACUUUCAUCCCUGGUCUUUCUUGCCACUUGUUUGGAUAUCUUAACAUGAGCUGAGAUUCACUCGAGAACCUUUCUGAAAAUAUGUCUUCCUGUGUGGUGAUUGGAAAAGGAGUCGCUUUUUCUGGUAGUUGAACCUGCUCGAGUGAGACGUUGAGCACCUCUCUUCUUCCUUCUGUGGGAGCAUUUUCACCAAGGUUUCUCCACCAAUCCUUGCCCAAUAUUCUCCUCUUCCUAGAUCGUUCUUACAUACCCAGAACACUGAGAAUCGUAUAGUUCCAUUAUCAGGAAUGAAGGGAACAAAGGAAGAUCUGAGAAAAUCUUUAUUCACGUCUGUUGCAAAAUCAACAACAGAGAAUGCCAGACCAAGCAGCAUGGUAAUUAAGAAGGCUAAUACAGUAAUUCCAGCACACAUAGUUGCAGAAGCUAUAUCAACACUCCAUGGCCUAGACCUCAGAUGGUCGGGACCAAUAACCCCAACUGAAAUGCAAUAUGUAGAACAAUAUGUCGUAGCUAAAUAUCCUGAGUACUCGAAUGCCCUUGUAGAAGGAGGAGAAAAGACUGAUCUUUAUGAUCUCUGCAUCAAAGAGAAGCUUUCAGAGCCACAGCCAGACGACACACGAAAAUCACCCAGAGGUGUUUUCCGAGAAACAUUUACACCUUCAUCUGGAAGCAGCCUCCCUGAUCUUGAGAAAACGCAGUUGGAGCCAUCAAGAUUGCUCAAUAUCCUCACUAAGAAAUCCUCUUUCCUCGGGAACUUCAUUUCAAUCCCUGAAAUUCAAGCUCGAAACAAAGUUCUGAAUCACUGUGGAUUACCGGAUGACGAGUAUCUUGUUCUUUUCACUCAAAACUACAAGGAAGCAAUGAUGUUAGUUGGAGAGAGCUACCCAUUCUUCAAGGGGAACUUUUAUUUGACUAUUAUUGGACAAGAAGCUGAUUAUGUAAGGGAAUUCGCAAGCUAUAAGGAAUCAAGAGUGAUCUUGGCACCAGAGACUUGGCUUGAUUUGAGGAUCAAGGGAUCACAACUCAGCCAGUACUUCAGAAGAAAGUGCAAGCACGCUCCUAAAGGACUAUUUUCUUACCCGACUGAAGUGAACGGUACUCGAUAUUCUAUGCAUUGGAUUUCAGAAGCCCAUCGUAACUCAUGGCACGUUCUGCUCGACGCAACUGCGUUGGUGGUGGGUGAAGAUAAGCUGAAUCUCACACUCCAUAGGCCAGAUUUCCUUCUAUGCAGUCUUAAUAAUACAAGUGCUCAUUCUUCAAAGAUUACCUGCCUUUUAGUUAGGAGAAAAUCCUUUGACAUGUCCACAGCUUCAGGUCAAACACAUGAAUAAAAUCUAAAUGUAAACCUGUGAGAGUAUACAAGUCUGCCAACAUGGUUAAGGAAAUGAAUACUCGCACUUCAUAAGGAUAUAAACAACUGCUGCUAAUUUUCAUCUAUACUGCUUUUAAAUUGCAUGAUA